CAGAGCCACCUGUAGCGGAUCUCUAUCCUCCAAAGGAAAUUAACCUCCGAAAGCCACCGAGUUAACGGACACAAAGCUCUUGACAAGGAACACAUCUUCUGUUUUCAUUAUUUUUUCAUCUUUUUUUAUUUUUAUUAUUAUUUGUAUAAACGACACCUACGCAGAGAACUAUGUUACUGUCGCAUCAACUAUUCCUAUUGAUAUUAAUCUCGACUUCAGCAGUAACAAGCAUUCCAUCUGAGAAUACAACUACAUCAUUUGCAAACAAUGCCACAACCCCACUGCUGUCAACGCAUGAUGCUAGUAAUGUCCCAUCUCCACCUUCAUCUACUCAAGGCAACGUGACAAGCUUAUCUACAGUUGUACCAGAAAAUGCUACCAGUUCAUCAGCGAUUACACCAGGAAAUGCCACAGCUUUACCUGCGCCUGUAACAACAGCAGCACCCAGCACGACAAGUCCACUUGUGCCUACACCAGAGAAUGCUACGAACCAUCCUGUAACUUCCACAGACAAUGCCACAACUGGUUCUUUACCGGAGGCAGGCAACAGCACAACCCCACUCCAAACUACAAUAAGCAAUGACACUACUCCUCCCAUUAGCACACCAGGCAACAGCACAACUUCACCAAUUAUAACACCAAUCAAUGUCACAAAUACAACGCAGAAUACACCAGGUAAUGCUACAACAGCAAACCUUGCCACAGCUCCACCCUUAACCACAUAUAUUUCAAAUCAAAAUACACCAGGAAAUAAUGCAACAGUGAAUGCUACCAUACCACCCCUGACUACACCAGUAAAUGCAACUGCACCACCUCCAACUACAACAGGGAAUAAUGCAAUAGUAAACACUACCACACCAACCACAACUACACAAGAAAAUAAUGCAACAGUAAACACUACUACACCACCCAUAACUACACCAAUGAAUCCAACUAGACCACCUCUAACUACACCCAGGAACAAUGCAACAGUAAACGCUACCACACCACCCAUAACUACAGAAGAAAAUAAUGUAACAGUAAACACUACUACACCACCCAUGACUACACCAGGAAAUAAUGCAACAGUAAACAUUACCACACCAUCCAUAACUGCACCAGUAAAUGCUACUACACCAUCUAUAACUACACCAGGGAACAAUGCAACAGUAAGCUUUACCAUUGCACCAAUAACUACACCUGGGAAUAAUGCAACAGUAAACGUUACCACACCACAUAUGACUACACCAGUAAAUGCUACUAUAUCACCUUUAACUACACCAUGGAAUAAUGCUACAGUAAAUGGUACCACACCACCCAUGACUACACCAAUAAAUGCUACUAUACCACCUUUAACUACACCAGGUAAUAAUGCAACAGUAAAUGACACCACACCACCCAUAACUACACCUGAGAAUAAUGCAACAGUAAACGUUACCACAACACCCAUGACUACGCCAGUAAAUGCUACUAUACAACCUUUUACUACACCAGAGAAUAAUGCAACAGUAAAUGCUACCACACAACCCAUGACAUCACCAGUAAAUGCUACUGGACCACCUUUAACUACACAAGGGAAUAAUGCAACAGUAAAUGGUACCACACCACCCAUUACUACACCAGAGAAUAAUGUAACAGUAAGCAAUAACACUCCACCAAUAACUACACCUGGGAAUAAUGCAACAGUAAAUGUUACCACACCACCCAUGACUACACCAGUAAAUGCUAGUAUUCUACCUUUAACUACACCAGGGAAUAAUGCAACAGUAAAUGGUACCACACCACCCAUAACUACACCAGAGAAUAAUGCAACAGUAAACGUUACCACAACACCCAUGACUACGCCAGUAAAUACUACUAUACAACCUUUUACUACACCAGACAAUAAUGCAACAGUAAAUGCUACCACACAACCCAUGACAUCACCAGUAAAUGCUACUGCACCACCUUUAACUACACAAGGGAAUAAUGCAACAGUAAAUGGCACCACACCACCCAUUACUACACCAGUGAAUAAUGCAACAGUGAGCAAUACCACUCCACCAAUAACUACACCUGGGAAUAAUGCAACAGUAAAUGUUACCACACCACUCAUGACAACACCAGUAAAUGCUAGUAUUCCACCUUUAACUACACCAGGGAAUAAUGCAACAGUAAAUGGUACCACACCACCCAUAACUACACUCGAGAAUAAUUCAACAGUAAACGUUACCACAACACCCAUGACAUCACCAGUAAAUGCUACUGCACCACCUUUAACUACACAAGGGAAUAAUGCAACAGUAAAUGGCACCACACCACCCAUUACUACACCAGAGAAUAAUGUAACAGUAAGCAAUACCACUCCACCAAUAACUACACCUGGGAAUAAUGCAACAGUAAAUGUUACCACACCACCCAUGACUACACCAGUAAAUGCUACUAUACCACCUUUAAUUACACCAGAGAAUAAUGUAACAGUAAGCAAUAACACUCCACCAAUAACUACACCUGGGGAUAAUGCAACAGUAAAUGUAACCACACCACCCAUGACUACACCAGUAAAUGCUAGUAUACCACCUUUAACUACACAAGGGAAUAAUGCAACAGUAAAUGGUACCACGCCACCCAUAACUACACCAGAGAAUAAUGCAACAGUAAACGUUACCACAACACCCAUGACUACCCCACUAAAUGCUAUUACACCAGAGAAUAAUGCAACAGUAAAUGUUACUACACCACCCAUGACUACACCAGUAAAUGCUACUAUACCACCUUCAAUUACACCAGGUAAUAGCUCAACAGUAAAUGGUACUACACCACCCAUAACUACACUAGAGAAUAAUGCAACAGUAAACGUUACCACAACACCCAUGACUACACCAGUAAAUGCUACUAAACCACCUUUAACUACAUUAGAGAAUAAUGCAACAGUAAACGCUACCACACCACCCAUGACUACAACAGGAAAUGAUGCAACAGUAAAUGCUACCACACAACCCAUGACCUCACCUGUUAAUGCGACUGCACCACAUUUAACUACACAAGGGAAUAAUUCAACAGUAAAUGGUACCACACCACCCAUUACUACACCAGAGAAUAAUGCAACAGUAAGCAAUACCACUCCACCAAUAACUACACCUGGCAAUAAUGCAACAGUAAAUGUUACUACCCCACCCAUGACUACAUCAGAGAAUAAUACAACAGUAAAUGCUACUACACCACCCAUGACUACACCAGAGAAUAAUACAACAGUAAAUGCUACUAAACCACCCAUGACUACACCAGGGACCAAUGCAACAGUAAAUGCUACCACACCACCCAUGACCACACGAGUAAAUGCUACUGCGCCACCUUUAACUACACCAGGAAACAAUGCAACAGUAAACGCAACCAUACCACCUAUAACUACACCAGGGAACAAUGCAACAGUAAAUGCUACCACACCACCCAUGACCACACAAGUAAAUGCUACUGCGCCACCUUUAACUACACCAGGAAACAAUGCAACAGUAAACGCAACCAUACCACCUAUGACUACACCAGGGAACAAUGCAACAGUAAAUGGUACCACACCACCCAUUCCUACAACAGUAAAUGCUACAACACCACCUUCAUCUACACCAGGAAACAAUGCAACAGUAAACACAACCAUACCACCUAUGACCACACCUGUAAAUGUUACUACACCACUUCUAACUACAUCAGUUAAUAGCACAACAGUUAAUGCUACCACACCACCCAUGACUACACCAGGGAAUAAUGCAACAACAACAGUAAAUGCCACUACACCACCCAUCACUACUCCAGUAAAGUCUACCUUGCUACCCCUAACUACAUCAGGGAACAAUGCAACAGUGAAUGCCACCACACCACCCAUGUCUACAACAGCAAAUGCUAGUACACCACCCAUCACUACUCCAGUAAAUGCUACUACACCACCCCCUACUACACCAGGGAACAAUGCAACUGUAAAUGUUUCCACACCAUCCAUCACUACUCCAGUAAAUGCUACUUCACAACCUCAAACUACACCAGGGAACAAUGCAACAGUAAUUGCUACCACACCAUCCAUAACUACACCAGGAAACACUACAACAGAGAAUGCUACCCGACCACCUCAGUCUACACCAGGAAAUGCUACUACACCCAUAACCAACUCAACAACUGGACCCACUGUCUCUACCACUAACCCAACUAACACUACAACCACACCAGCUACCUGUCCUGCGGUGCCCUGCCCACCGCUGAGUGUCUGUGUGAACUCCACCUGUCAGUGCGUGACAGGAUCUAUUCCUUUAAAUAACGCCUGUGUUGAAACUAAAACCUUCACUAGUUCACUUCGAGUGAACCGCACUUUUGUAGAUGCUAUGAAUGAUCCCAAAUCACCUGAAUUCCAGGAAACUGCUAAAGAGAUAAUUGCUGCGGUAAAUGAAGCUCUGCAUAACCAGCCAAACUACAUUAACAGCAUAGUAAUUAAACUGAUGUCUGGCAGUAUAGUGGCCUCAGUAAACAGUUUUUUUGAGCCCAAUUCUCCAGUCACACAGGAAUCGGUUAUAUCUGCCAUGAAUACUGCUAUAAGUGAUUGUAAAGUGACCAACUGUGGCAUUCUUGCUAAUGCUGAAUACGCUGCUACCGACCUGUGUGCGCAAGUUCCUCCUCCUUGUGAUACUAACACUACAACGUGUGAGGCCAAAGAUGGGACCCCUGUUUGUUCCUGUAAACCUGGCCAUGUAUCUAGCCAAUACCAGACCAGAAGCUGUAGAGUUUGCCCUAGUGGCUACAAAGCGCAAGAGAACGAGUGCGUUAGAUGUCCAUUUGGCUAUUCUGGAUUCAACUGUGAUGACUCCUCUUUGUUGGCUCUAGUGGUGGUGGCGUGUGUGUUAGGAGGAAUUCUACUCAUUGUGAUUUUGGCAGUUCUAAUCUACAUCUGUGUGACUCGUGGCAAGAAGUCGUCAAACAGCAAUUAUUACAGCACUCCGUACCCUGCCGAGGAGUUCCAGGCCACGUGGCCCUCUCAGAACGUCACCCAUAUUCCUCGUGUCACUCUGACAUCUAAUUCCAGCACUGAUGCCACUGGCAACAGUCUAGAGAUGGCUGAAGGGCCAAGCAGGAAAGGCCACAGUAAUGGAUUGAAGAUUGGAGGAAAGUCGGGCUCGUAUGACCUCAGAACAGAUGGCAUGAGGACCUUUAAGGACAUAAACCCCACACGGUACUCUUAUCUGACGGGUCAAGAAAACCCCUACUUCAUACAAGGAGACGAGAAGAGAUGAGGAAAACAACAGAGAAAGCCAGUGAGAAGAGGACCAGAAAAGAGUGCAAUAAAGACAUGAUUUUAAAAAGGCCUUGGAUCAAACUGUUUCAGGAACGUUAACAAUGUCAAAACCAAACUGCUGAUCACAGACUCCAGGUAUAUACAUAAACGGCAUUUGAAAGAUACUGUUUUUCUGCACAUUUCAUAUUCAGUGUUUUGUUAUAUGACAGAGAUCAUGAGAAUGUUACGGUGGUUUUCAAUUCAAAAUACAUUUUACAUUAUUAUUAAGUACAUAAUAUCAAACUAUAUUUUGGCACAUUUGAUUAAAAUGUCUUAUCUGUGGAAGCAAUAAGGGCAGAUUUUACAGUGUAGUCCAGUAAUUCUGAUGCAUCUAAUCUAUAUUCUGACAGUUACUGCACUUUGUAGGAGAGAGCAUGUCAUGUCAUGUUGGUGUGUUUUAAGUUAUAUAUAUCAGAAAGCUUCUGAUACUUUCAGCUCUUAAGUUUUGGGGGCAAUCCAUCUUUCCCAAAGAAUGUAUUUAUUUUAUGCCAGGACAAUGCAUGCCACCAGAAAUUGAUCUCUGUGCCUGACUGCAAUGUUGUCUUUUGAAUAGGAGAAUUAUGCAAUAAUGAGGAGUUCUCAACCAUGUCUCCUCUGUAGUCGUGCCAAUACUUAUAUUUAUUUAAAUCAGAACAUGAUGUGGUUUACUUAGCUGUCUGUUUGCUUCAUAUAUAUACUUAUUUAUGUGUAACUGGGAUAUGUAUCAUACAUAAAGCUUUUGUAAAAAAAGAAAAAAGCUCAUUGGAAAAAGUGAUUCAACCUGUUCUUUAUAUUGAAAGGAAAUAAAUGAA